AUGCUUCAACCAAAGCAACUCCUCUCUCUCUCAAUCCUGCUCCCCCUCGCCGCCUCCGCCCCAGCAGCAGCAGCAUCCGACCUCCAAUUCCACACAACGGCGCUCCUAACGGCAACCUUCUCCCCAAACUGUCCCGCGGACACCGACGACCGCAGCAACAGCGCCCUCCAGUACGACCCCUCACCCAGCCUCUCGUUCUCCCACGACAGUAAAUCCCAAAGUCUUGACUUCACGCCGCACCUCGAUAUCAGCAGCACCGCGCCGCUUCGACCAGGCGCGUGCGUCGGUCUCCCCGUGCCCCUCGAGUACUCGUCCCUGCUUGUGGAUCAUCUCUCUGUGUCGGCGAGUAUUCAGCAUACGCAUCCUCGUCCUUUGAGGGGGGCGAAGGCCAAGAAGAGGGAAGGGAAGGAGCAGUGCAAGAUUACGGUUCAUGAGUUGCCUGGGUGUGAACAGGAACCAAUCCUGGAUGUGGAGAUUGAUGAGGGGGAGAGGAGCGUGGAGAGUGGGUGUGUCAGGAGGAAGUUUUUGGCGUUUGAGUUGGUGUGGGCGAAGUUGAGUUGUGAAUUUGAGGAGGACGAGGACGAUGAUGAAGACGAUGAGGAUGACGAUGACAGCGAUGAUGAAGAUGAUGAGAAGCCCUGGACGAACGACAAGCAUGGGGGUUUGGCGAACUCGACUGUGCCGGCGACGAAUUCGACGGGCAGGUUGAGUGUAGGGAAGAGGAGGACGAAGUUGCCGAUCUUCUAG